AUGCCCCGCUCAUUUUUGGUGAAGAAGAUCAAGCUUGAUGAUUUCUCUUCGUCCAAUGUGGCCAACUCCAAUCAUCACCACCACCUGGACGACUCGUUCACUUUUGCACGCUCCAUCACAGACUCGGUGACCAGCCUUGGGGUCCGUCUCAGUGAGAAUGGCUACAUCCAGGAUUACAUCACGCCAUCUGUAUACCAGGAGGAGAAGAAGAUGGAGCACAAACUGGCCUCGCCAGUAUCAGACCCCCUCUACACCCAGGUGAGCAGCGGAGAGGAGUACUGCGACCCCGACCUGAAGCACCCGGACAGCCCACAGUCUGGCAUGACAGCCAGCGGCUUCUACAGUGGUGAAUCGGAGGCCCUGGCCGAGGGUUACACCAUGGAUGCCUUCUUCAUCUCUGACGGGCGCUCGAGGCGGAAGGGAGACAGCGAGAGUAGGGGAGGGGGCUCAAGAAGCAGCAGCGCCAACGGAGGGGCUACGGAGAGAGCGGGAGCCGGCGUAGCUCGCCACACCUGCAACGAGUGUGGCAAGACGUACGCCACCUCCUCCAACCUCAGCAGACACAAGCAGACGCACCGCAGCCUGGACAGCAAGAUGGCCCGCAAGUGUCCCACCUGUAACAAAGUGUACGUGUCGAUGCCGGCGCUGGCCAUGCACAUCCUCACCCACGACCUCAAGCACAAGUGCGACGUGUGCAGCAAGGCCUUCAGCCGGCCGUGGCUCCUCCAAGGUCACAUGCGCUCACACACAGGGGAAAAGCCCUUUGCCUGCGCGCACUGUGGCAAAGCCUUUGCUGACCGUUCAAACCUCCGCGCCCACAUGCAAACACACUCUGCCUUCAAGCACUACAGAUGCAAGCGCUGCAAUAAGACCUUCGCUCUCAAGUCCUACCUGAACAAGCACUAUGAGUCAGCUUGCUUCAAGGGCUCUGCAGACGAAGACGACUCUGGAUCAGAAAAGUAA